AGAACCCAACAAUAAAGGAGAGCAAUGAAGCGGAGUCGCUCCUCACUCGUAGAAAUUCAUUUCCUAUUGGGGGAAAAAAAUGUCAAUCUCCGUCCCUUCUUCAUCCUCUUCUGCUCUCUUCUCUCCUUCAAAGGUUGCCAGAUUGAGCUCCUCGAUCCGAUCGCCAUCGAAUCUCGUCUUCAAUCUUCAUCGAUCAUUUCCUAGGGUUUUUUCAUCAGCCGGCAAUGCUUCUUCUUCUUCUUCUUCUUCUGUUGAGAAAGAUUCGUGUACGGAGCUGGACGCCGUGUCCAACUUCAGCGAGAUCGUGCCCGAUACUGUCAUCUUCGAUGAUUUCGAGAGGUUUCCUCCUACUGCUGCCACUGUGAGCUCUGCACUUCUGCUAGGAAUUUGCAGCCUUCCUGAUACCAAAUUUAAGAGUGCUAUAGAGACAGCAUUGGCGGAUAGUGAAUGCUACGGGCAAGAAAAUGCUAAUGACCGGAUGUCCUGUUUCUCUAACAAGGCUCUGGUAAAUGUUGGAGCUGAUUUGGCAAGGCUAGUACCUGGUCGGGUGUCAACAGAGGUCGAUGCUCGUCUAGCUUAUGACACUCAAGGAAUUGUCAAGAAGGUUCAUGAGGUAGUGAAAUUGUAUAAUCAAGUUGAAGUCUCUUCAGAACGUCUGCUAUUCAAAAUUCCUGCAACAUGGCAAGGAAUAGAGGCCUCAAGAUUGCUCGAAGCUGAAGGAAUUCAAACGCACUUGACAUUUGUUUAUAGCUUCUGUCAGGCAGCAGCUGCUGCUCAAGCAGGUGCAUCAGUUAUCCAAAUAUUUGUUGGCCGCAUGAGGGACUGGGCCCGUGGCCAUUCUGGAGAUCCUGAGAUAGAAGCUGCAAUCAGAAGGGGAGAAGACCCUGGAGUGGCUUUGGUGACGAAAGCAUACAAUUACAUCCACAAAUAUGGGCACAAAUCGAAACUGAUGGCAGCAGCAGUUCGCAAUAAACAGGAUUUAUUUAGCCUUCUUGGGGUUGAUUACAUUAUUGCCCCACUGAAGAUAUUGCAAUCUCUAAAGGAAUCUGCUACCUAUCCUGAGGAGAAGUACUCAUAUGUCAGGAGGCUGUCACCGAGCUCUGCCAUGGGAUAUGAAUUUGGUGAUGAAGAGCUUGUGGAGUGGGAUCAAAGGAGCUUUGCAUCAGCAAUGGGGCCCUGUGCUGAAGAGCUUUUGGCUGCUGGACUUGAAGGAUACGCCAACCAAGCAAAGAGAGUGGAGGAGCUCUUCGGCAGGAUCUGGCCGCCUCCUAAUGUUUAAAACUUAAAUGAGAAGCUCUAAAUAAAACUACCUCUGGUUUCUUUCUCUAAUGAGUGAUUGCUUGAAAUAGUUUGGCAUCUGCAGCUGCAUGGUGUGCACUAUGCGAUCCAAACUUUAGAUUACUCUUCAAAUCGACAAACUUUACAUUCUGUUUUUCUUUUGCCCUUUAUCUGCUGUAUGCAAAUUAAGUAAUUCUCUGCGAAUCUUUUCUGUGUGGAGUUUCAAAUUUGGGGUCAAGAUUUGAAAUGCAAGAUUAUAUGAAUUAUUGUCGGGUUUGACUUG